AUGGCUUCACAGCAUGCUGUCGCAAGCUCACCAGCUGCAGCGCUAGUCGAGUCGACGCAACCAGAAACAGGCCCAUUGGAUGAUGAGCUGAGAACUGGCGCUCCCCAAUUUGAACAAGACGUAGGACGUCAGUCUGAAGAGGAGGAGUCCAUGGAUGAUGAGGAACUUAACGCUGUUAUGGAACAGCUGAAUGAAGAUUCGGAUGUAGGAAUUGAGAGAUUAAGCACACCUCAUCCUACAAACCGAUUCCCUGAAUCUGUUGUAGCGCCGUCAAAAGAAAAACGACAUGUCCACGCAGAGAUCAGGAGUGAAGCCCCUAGCCCCAGUCCAGGAAGGGGUCAUAUAUCCCAAGCAUUGAAUGUGCCCAAACUUGAUUUCGAUGCCCAGUCCCAGUUCUCAGCGACCCCCUCGAAGAACUUCGCCUCCGUUAUCCACUCGCCCAUCCGACAGUUGGUUAGUCGAAACGAUCACAUCAGUGACUGGGACGAUGUUAUUUCAUCGGGCGAAGAUGAGAAGCUGGCAAACCGGAGCAGAUUUUUCGAUCGCCGCAUUCAUGAGCUUGUCGGCUCCGUUGUUGAGGAGCGCCUCUCUCCUCUUGAGCGUGCAUUGAUAGCUAUUGAGAACUCCAUCUCCACUAUGGCCUCGGAGGAUCUCAAAACAAAUGGUCCUGGAGUGCCUCUGUCGAGGGCGAGGAAAGUCCCCCGUUCGUCAGAGGGUCGCAAACUCGACAAGUUAAAGAAUGUGAUUCUCGAAGCGUUAGCGAGCCGUGAUGCUCAGCAUCAAACAGAAAACUCUAUCAAUUCCGAAAUCGCGCAACUUCACCAAAGUGUAACAGACCUACAGGCUUUAACACUGAAGAAGCACUCUCAAGACUCUACGACCGACUUGAGAGAAAUGAUUGAAGAGGUUGUCUCGGCCCAGUUUAGCCAGCAGAAGCCUCGCGCCUCCGAAGCCGAGGAGAUCGGCGCCGAUAGCCUCAUGCUUCAGAUCGAUGGCCUGAAAGAAAUGCUAAGAGUAAGCGAUGAGCGUGCUGAGGAGGAAUACAAGAAGCGUAGAGAAGCCCAGGACUCUGUUAUAGAACUUCAGCACCUUCUCAAAGUUUCUGAGGACAAUGCUGCUCGUCAUAGCGAGGCUGCUGAAUCUGCUGAGACUCGCCUGCUCCACUUCAAGGAAGAAAAGAUUCCUUAUUUCGAACAGGUCCAGUCAAGGUCUGAAGCACUUGAGCAAGAACAUGCCAAACUCAAGUUAACUCUAGCCGAAAUUUCCUCGAAGAACAUCUCCCUCGAAGGUACCUUGGACGAAUACCGAUUCUCUAGUGAUCACUGGAAGCAGGAGAGUGAGCGGUCCAAGGCCCAGAUUGAUGAAAUGAAAAUUGAAAAUAAGGAUCUACGUGUCACCAUCGAUCAUAUGAAGUCGCGGAUUGAGGAUGGAUUGAGUGUACGACAAAAUCUAAGCGAAAGGUUCGACCGCCUCCAGGACGAGAUGGCGACUGUGACUCGGGAUAUUACCCGCGACCAAGCCUCCUGGCGCAGACGGCAAGAAGAGCAUGUAGCCAAGUAUAACGAACUCCAGGCUGCUUACAACCGUGAAGUGAAACUCCGCGAGAAGCUUGAGGUUGAUAUCAGCGAGCUCGAACAGCAGGAGCGAGAAGCGGUGAAGCUGAAGUUUAUCUUUGGUCAGUCUCAGCAAGAGAAUGCCAGGUUGGAAGAGCUAGUGGCGAACCUCAGAAUUGAGAACCACGACUUAGAGAUAAAGGCAGCUCGUUUUGAGCGCGAGUUUAACGAGGCACGGGAGAGCAGUAGGGUGGAAAUCCAGCGUACCAGAUCUUCAUUGGAGACGGAUGUCGAGGCUGCUAAUAGCCAGGUCAACAUUGUCCGUGCGGAGUUGGAAGCACAAAUCCUGCGUCUCCAGGGUCAACUGGAUAGUGUCCGGCUCGAUAGUGAUACCGCACAACAACGCUAUGAGAUGCUGCUGGAGGAAGCCAGUGAGACGAAGGCCAGUGCUAUGGCCUCCAUGGCUAACACUCACGACCUUGCUAUGGAAGAGCAGCGCAAGCUGCAUGAGCGCGUCCUCAAUGAUCUUCGCGAGCGCCAUGCCCGCGCCUUGCACAAUGCAUCGGAGGAUAGACAGCGAGCAGAAUCUCACUUGACGGAACGCUUGGAAUUGUCGGAAGAUAAGGCUAAGCACCUUCAGGAUCGUGUCAAUCAUCUGGAAGAGAGGCUCGAAAUCGCUCAGUCCGCUGCUCGUGCCGCCGCUGAAGCCGCUCAGGCAGCCAAGGCAGUUCCUAUGGCGUCGUCUUCCGCACACUCUACAUCCCCAUCGUUGUCAUUCAGCCAGGGAACUAUGGUCCCUGAGAAGAUCUCUCCUCAGGCCUUACGUGAGUCGAUUCUCGUCCUACAGGACCAACUGCAGCAGCGCGAGACCCGCAUCGAGGAACUAGAGCAAGAGGUUGCUUCUUUCGACAAGGAUGCACCGAACAAGAUCAAAGAGAAAGAUACAGAAAUCACCUGGCUGCGUGAGCUUCUUGGAGUCCGUAUCGACGAUCUACAGGAUAUCAUCAGGACUUUGUCGCAACCAUCGUUUGAUCACAACACUGUACGUGAUGCUGCCAUCCGUUUGAAAGCAAAUCUGCAAAUGCAGCAGCAAGAAAAGGAGAGGGCUCUGUCGGGACAGAGUUUCCCCAGUUUUCCUUCACUUUCUGAGUUAACUGCAUCACCACGCUCUUUACCUCUCGCUGCCGCUGCCGCAUGGGGCAACUGGCGCAGGGGUAGAGAAGCCCCGAACCCCGGCGCCUCUGAACAAACACCGUCCAAGCCGAGUAAUGCAACUGCUUUCCUGUCCGGACUUCUGACACCUCCUGGUUCUAACGCCCGACAAGCCACUGCAAACGCGACUGCUCCCGCUACAGGAGGCUGGAGACGACCAUCAGAGAGUCGCGCCCUCAGAAGCAUUGAUACUACUCCGAGACAAACCUCAGCACGCGCGAGCAGAAUGCAAGAACCACCAAGGACCCCCCCUCUGCUGCGAAGGUCAAGCUAUGACCAUGAUGCCGAGCCUACCGACUAUGGAGAGGGUUCUUGGGCAGAAGAAAACGAAAGCACGGUUGAUGGUCUCGUCUCGGCGUCACCUAAAGAGACCGGAGAUGGUCCAUUUGGACCGCAAAUAACGUCUUAG